CUCCUUGCAGCCCGCCCUCCCUCCUCCCAGUCACUCUGUCUGACAUGGACUCCAGCCAGGCAACUCACACCAGGGCUGGAUGACCAGGCAGAAGUUAGGUUGGGUCAGCCGCAGACCCAGGGCAGAAAAUCAAGAGUUCCCUGGACACAGGCGAAAACUAGGACUGCAGCUGCCUUCCUUGCCAUAGAACAGCCACAGCACCUCAGACCUGAGCCUUCCUCCAUCAAGCCUCUUCUCUCCAGGAAGUGGCAAGGAAUGGGAAAAGCCCUGGACUGAUAGAAAAUGUCUAAACAUCUAAGCUGCAAGUUUAUCCCAUUUACCCCCCAGGGGACCUGCACUGCUUGCCUGAUGGUGGCAAAUCUAAACCCCGCUGCAUACACACGGGGUUACAAUGAUUUUCCUGGGCUCAUACCAGGCUUCCAACCAAGUCCUCCAAGUGUCACUCUGGUCAGUGCUCUGACUGCUCUGCAGACAGUUCUCUGGCUUGCUCCUAGCUUCAGCCUGCCACCUGCGGUCUGCCUCUGUGGAUGAGGACCGGAACCAGCCCCCAGGUCCUCUGUGAACAACUCCAUUAUCUGCACAUUGGAGCCUGCCAGGUCAAAGCCAGGAGCCACGCAGGGGGAAGGGCUGAAGGUCAGGCUACAGGUCUGGCUUUGUCCCCAUAUUUCCCACUAGAGGAGUAAGAACUCAGGAUCCAGGAAGGGGGGCACACUGGGAACAGCCCAGCCUAAGUAUCCCAGCCACUUUCCUGUAGUUCCUCCCCUGUAGUAAGAGUUUUCUUCCAUGGGGACUUAAAUAUGGAGAUCCCAUCCCAUUUCUUCCAGGCUCCUGGCAUACAGAUGCAAACAGACCCAUCAGGUUGGGAGAGGUGCUCUCACCCAGCAGAGCUGAGGUUCUGCCAGUUCCUGCCCCUGGGGAGCAACUCAAGUUACCAGGGCAACAGGCAAAGAUAAACGUGGUCUGGGUAGGGCCAAGGGCUGCGUUACUAGGGCAACUGAUUAGGCCAGUUGUUUGAUUCCAGACUUUCCCUGGUACUCAGCAGGCCAAAUCACCUGGCAGUGAUUACCAACCCACUCUACCACUAUUGCUUGCCCAGAACCCAGGCUGCUUUAUUUGUACCCAGCACCUAGGAGUUGAAUAACACAAGAUGGUCUGGAGUGCUCUCUGUGACCAGCUAUGAUUUCACAAGGACUCGUGCUGUGAAGUGACUAGUUGAUGGGGAGGAGGAAAGAGCAGGUAUGAAGUGACCCUCCUGUGGGUAGCUUUAAAUCAAGUCUGGGGGAGUAAGAUCCCAGACCAGGAGUAUGGCAGGUACUUGGGCCUUAUGGAUGUCCUACUCCUGGAGGCAGCACCAAGACUGAGAAAGGAAGGAGAAGCCUACAGACAUGAAGUCUUUUGUGUCCCUGCCACUUCUCACAUGGUACUUAUAUCCAGGCCCUUACCCACACUAGGGACUAUGGCCUUGAACACAGUUAUUUUGGCGCCCACUUAAGUAUCCAUCGCCUACUUGCUUCUCACUGACCAACCCCCACUAACAGUGGCAGAAACUGCUGGCCUCACUGCACCACCUGAGCUGCAGGGACCUCUCCUGCUCCUUGGUGGGGCUUUGGCUGACUAGGAGAUACCUGGAGCAGGCCUGGGCAUUACCUGUCUGUUGGUCCUGAUGCCCAUCCUCACAAGGCUGGCUGGCUCCCUUCCUCUCACCCUCAGUGUGACCCUUGAAAAGGUGUCUGGGAAUCCUAGCUACCACACACACCACAUCAUUGGCUUCUCCAUUACUCCAGCUCACAAACAAGCCCCUUCCUCCCAAGCCUGGGAAGUGGAGAGGUGUGGGUGUGAAGUCCUACCCUCCCCAGCUCAGGCCAUUGUGGUCCUUGGACCAGGUUCCCUUACUUCCAUACCCUGUUAACAUUUUGUUCCUAAUCUGAGGGAAUCUCCUCUCCAGAUACGUUGACCUUUAGCUUUCCUUUACUUGCCAAGAGAACAAUAUCACGAAAUUCUCAAAGGCGCCACCCUUGUGUCAACUACUGGUUUGUCUUGUAGUGCACACUGACCAGUGCCAUCACCCCCAAAUGAGUCAUUGGUCCUUGGAAGUAUCAGAAAUGGGGUGCAAAAUGCCAGACCUCCAACCCCAUCUAAAACCUCAGAUUGCAAGGAGCAAAAGGUACCUCCACCAGGGAGUUACACUUCAUCUGUGGUCCGAGCCUUCAGCUGGUUCCCUGGUGACGUUUUGGACAGUCAAAGUAGAGAGGGGGUUGAGGGCAAUGGGCAGCCUGAGGAGUACCCCUGAGAGAUGACCCUUUCCUCCACAGGAUCUCCUUCAGCAGCCACUUGACUAGGAGCCUAGUCGUAUGCAGGAACCAAUCAAGAGGUUUGUUUACACUUGUUUAUCCCACGACACCUGGAAGCACACCAUAUCCAUGGAGAAACUUAACCUCUAGCUCCUCAGAUAUCAGUACAGCCCAAAGUUAGCAGUCAUGGCCCCUAGGAUUAGUUGGGGAGAAAGAGAACAAAACUCACUCUGAGGAGGGAAGGGGGACACCGGUGCUGGAUACCUAGAGCCCGAGUGGGAAGUGAGGGGAGGCAGAAGGGGUUGCUGCUGCAAGGGCGGACCCUGCUUAGCCACCCUCUAACUGCGGAUGUCACCGUCAGUGCAAUUACCUCGGACACAAUUCCAUUCACAUUCACCUUACACGGUCUCCAACCUUUCUCAGCUUUCCCUGUCCCGACUACUACGUCCCGCAACCGGGGGCAGUCAGCUCAGAUUAGUAGAGACGCCCCCACCUCCCCGCCCCGGCAAAGCCCAGUUUCCCGGGCGGGGGGAGGACGCCUCUGCUAGAAUUCCCAACUCUUAACUCCGCUUCCAGGCCUCCGGUGGCCAGCGCCCGGGCAUGCGAGGGUUAACCUCACGGGGGUGGGAACUCUAGGAGCCUUCCUCAGAGGGAAAGGAGGGGAGAGGAGGCGCGCGCCGGCAGCCUGGCGGGGUCUAGCCUCUGAUGCUGUAGGAAGGAGCCAGGAGUCCCGGGUGUCGCAGGCCUGCAGCCACUGGGACACACGCUGUAAGCAGCGACAGGCCCUUCGGAUCCCUUGCCCCAAACUUCAAGUCGAGGGCAGAGGAGGGACGCUGGGAACCAAGGUGCAUCCUAACCUGCCAGGACUCUGACCUCCCCUUCCCCGGGGACGGCCACCUCAACCCCACCUCUGCUGGUCUUUUCCUGAGGCUCAGUGAUCGCGACCCAGCCGUCUCAGCCCUUCCUCCUGCAGUUUUAUUGCCUACGCCCGCGCCUCAGCCCUUGCUCCACGAUCCGGGAUGAAGCUCGGAGGUGGCGUCCCCACGGCGACCCCAGAGUCCAAGUCCGCCGACGUGCCCCUCGGCCCGCCGCUGCCCUGGCCCUGCCCGGCUGACGUGCGGCUCUGCGGCCACCUUAGGAAGCAGAAGUCCCAUCGCCGCCGCUUCUUCGUGCUCCGCGUCGACCCGCCGCGCCUCGAGUGUUACGGGAGCGAGCAGAAGUUCCGCGCCAGCUGCGGCAAGUCAGCGCGGCCCAAGCUCAGCGUGAGCUUGGAGGGCGCGUGCACCAUCAGCAAGCGCGCGGACGUGCGCCAGCGCCACCUGAUCUUCCUCUACACGCGCGACAGCAGCCUGGGCGUGGCAGCGGCCAGCGAGGCGGAGCAGCAGGCGUGGUACACCGCCCUGCUCGAGGUGCGCGCCGCCACCGCCGCCGCCGUUAACAAAUCAAGUUCAGACAUUGAGAGUUUACACGUUUUCAGUUCUCGGGACACUCGUUAA